AUGCCGCCCGAUCGCGGUCGCGCCUCAAAAGCCUGCGCCGCGUGUCGGAAGAUUAAGACGCGGUGUUAUGAGUCUGGCGGCCACGGUAAAGCGUGUUUGAGAUGCGAGAGAUUGACACGCCUUGAACGGACUGUCUCUGCGCUCGUGGAGCGGCUUGAUACCGCCACUGGCACUGUUGGAAGAUGGGCUCCCAAUGCAGACACGGCGAGCACAUCUCCUAUCCAACCGCCACCAGCCGCGGUCCAUGAAGCUCAACCCGGGACGCCAUCCGCAGCUCCGGUCUUCCUGAUUCGCGAUGUUGCUUCUGAAGUGGGAGUGCGGCAGCCUCAAGUGGCUGGACAAUCCCAGAAUCCAGAUAUCAUUGCCAGAGGACUGGUUCCUGUUCAGGAUGCUGGCGCUUUGAUUGAAUUAUUCCAAGAGCACUACGGCCGCUGGGUCUCCUUCAACCCCGGCAGCUCAUCCGAGACCAUCCUCGUAGAAGUGAGGAAAUCACCUCUCCUCCUCUGCGCCUGCUGUCUGAUAGCCGUCCGCCAUACAACACAAGACUCGGCAUCAACACUCGCCCCACGACUUUUCCAGGAGGCCAAAACCUUGCUUUCUACGCACUUACUGGAUGUACCGCAAUCAAUUGAGUUCUUCCAGGCCGCUGUCAUUCUCAGCAUGUGGUCGACGACUAUUGGACAAACGCCCUUGAGUGUCGACAGUUGGUUACUUUCUGGAUUUGCACUGCAGCAUUCUUUGGCUAGCGAGGUUUUCGCGCCGGUUAUGCGUGGGAGUGGAGACCAGGCGGCGAGUCUAAGCAAGAGUGAGUUGGAUCGGUGCUGUGUUUGGAAUCACCUUUGUCUUGUUCACCUCCAUUAUUGUGUAGGCACCAGAAGGCGAGCAAUUCUGGGUCGGAAACAGAUUGAGAAAUGUCGCCAGAUUCUGGACUCGGAUCAUGCGACGAACUUUGAGACUAGGAUGGUUGCUGAGGUUAUGUUGUAUUGGAUUAUUUACGAGAGCUGUUCCACCGCGCAAGUAGAUCUGCCGAAGACUCAAGCUGCGCUGCAUGAGUGGAGGCAGGAAUGGAAGUUCCUCUUUGAUCAACCAAGGUCUCAAUUCAUUCAAAUGGGCUUCCACUUUGCUCAACUACUUGUCUACGAUCAGGCAUUGAAAUCCAGAUCCGCCGCAGUCAGAGAAUCCCGCAUCACAGAGAUGACUCGUCUCUCUGCAGCAAUCAUCCAACUCGCCCUGGAUACAGCAGACGUCCGGACUCGCCAUUUGAGUGAUCAUAUCUAUCACAUGAUCACCUUCGCCGCCGUCACCCUUUGUCGAUUGCUUCACAUGUACGAGAACCAAUUGGCUUCUACUCACAACAUCAUGGAGCUCGAUUCUCUGGUUCUCACAUUGGUCACAUGGCUUCACUCGAUCGGUCUCCCUUGUCAUGUUGCACAUACGCUUGGAGAUGUUGUCGCGGCUUUUCAUGAAAAGCUACGACCGAAUGCUCACCCAAGUCCGUAUGAUCAAGCUCAAGACGAUAUCGGACUUUACUUCCCCGAACUACUUGGCAUCGAGACGUUUGAUGGUGGGAACUUCGAUUUCAUUCCUGAUUGGGAUCCAUAUAUUCCAGGACCAGCAACUUGA